CUUAUAAUUUUGAAAAAUGAAGGCUCUCAUUUUACGAAAAGGUGAUGAAAAAGAAAAUAAUAAUUUUAAGCACCCAGCAGUUGUUAGCGAAAUUCCUCUUCCCGCUCUAAACCCCGAUAAUGAUGAUGUGUUAAUCAGGUUACAAGCAGCAGCAUUUAACCAUCGUGAUGUCUGGAUAAGAAAAGAUGCAUAUUUAGGAUUGCAAUUUAAUUCUGUACUUGGAAGUGAUGGUGUUGGAAUAGUGGAAAAAACAUCACGCGAUGAAUCUUCUCACCUUGUUGGUCAGCAAGUAAUCAUUAAUCCAGGAUCUGGCUGGGAAAAAGAUCCAAAAGGCCCUGAAACCGAAUUUGGAAUUCUUGGAUUGUUGCCACUACCUGCCGAAAUAUUCCCUGUUCCCGAUCAUUUAUCCGUAGCAGAAGCGGCUGCUCUUCCAUUAGCUGGUUUAACAGCGUUCAGAGCAACCUUUACAAAAGCAAAUGUUCAACCGGGAGAAAACGUAUUAAUCACAGGAAUUGGAGGUGGUGUCGCUUUGAUUGCGCUAAGCUUUAUUUCAAGUAUUGGUGCAAACGCGUAUGUUACAUCUUCAGAUGAGUCCAAAAUUAAAAAAAGCCAUAGAAUUAGGAGCGAAAGGAGGAAUGAUUGGCCAAAGAAGUUAAAAGCUCUCUUGCCUAAUGAUCGUCCGUUCUUAGAUUCCGUAAUUGAUAGUGCAGGAGGUGAAAUUGUUUCUCAAACUACGAAGCUUUUACGUCCAGGAGGUAUCAUUGCUUGUUAUGGCAUGACAUCAAGUUAUGGAAAGGCAUCAUAUCCAUCCACGACAUUCACAGUACCUGCAAUGAUGGAUAAUAUCGAACUUAAAGGAUCCACCAUGGGUAGCAGAGAUGAAUUUAAAAGAAUGGUAAAUUUUGUUAAAGAAAAGAAAAUUAAGCCCGUUAUAGGUGGCAUUUGGCAUGGACUUGAAAACGCUCCAGAAGUUUUUGAAAUCAUGAAUAAAGGGAAGCAAUUCGGUAAAUUAGUAAUUGAAAUUAAUUAA